AUGCUGAGAUUGCAAUGGUUUGCUAUGAGAAGUGAGUUGGAAUCCGGCGACAUUUAUCGACGCGUGUAUCAUGUCACCUUGGUUCCAGGAGCUUUGCGGGACUGGGUCGACUUUCUGCGAAGUGUCACGGACCAUCAGGUGGAGAAUCCGCACUUCUGGUCCUUGGUCGGCAGGGGUGGCGACAGUUAUGACUACAUCCAGCGGAAUGUUUGGAUGACAAACGAUGGCUUCAGAGACUUCAUGUACUACUCACCGUUGGCCCAUGUUAUCGCCCAGCUGGCCAAGACAGAAGAGGUGCGUCCGACCACGGACGUACUGAUCGUAAACCCCAACGAUGGUAUCGGCUGGCACCAGGACAACCAAAAUGGGCCCAUAGAGGCGGACUACGCUGUCCGCUGGUGGGUGGCCUUGGACAAGUGUGGCGAAGGCAAGGUCGGCGUGCCGGAAUACCUGCUGGGCUCGCAUCGAAACACCUCCGUCUCCGAUGCUGUGGCCGUGGACGUCACGUCUGGCGACCUCGCACAGUUUAGCAAGUGCACGGACUACGUCGUGGAGCCGGGCGACCUGAUCGUCUGGAACACCCGCACGAUCCACCAAAUCAGACCCCAUCCAUCGGGACAGUGGCCCGAGGGAACGCAGCUCCUCGUCGGCACUCUGGACGUGCGCGUGGGUGUUGGUGAAGGGGUCUGA